AUGAAGCGGAACAGCCAAGCCCAGCUGCGUUUGGUACAGGAGGAGAUUGAGUCUCUGGAGGAGGAGAAAAAGAGUGAACUGAUUGAGGCCCACGAGGAGCUACGCCUGGCCCAGGAGGAGGUGCUGCUUUAUUUUACUUGUGCUGCUGCUGAGAUUGAUUUAUUCAUUAAUUCGAUACAGGUGCUACUGCUGCAGCAGGCGGCGGAGGAGUCGGCGGCUGAGAGGGAGAACGACAUCGCCUCCCUACAGGAGGAGCUUUGUCGCCAUCAGGCCGAGCUGGGGAGGCUCAACGAGGAGGCACAGGAGUACGAGCUGGAGAUCACCACGCUCCGUGCCGAGAUCAGCAUGAAGAGAGACGUAGAAACACUGAAGCAGGAGUGUGUCACAUUGAGGGAGGAGUGUGAGACAUUGAAGAAUGACAACAGACGUCUGACUGAGAGACUACAGCUGCAGAGGACAGGUUCCAACAGCCACCUGUCCCUAAAGGAGGAUGAAGAGGACACCGGGAUCGGAGUGGGCACAGAGAUGGGGGGCAUGGCUGAGAGCUACAUGACCAUGGCAGACUGCCAGUCAACGGGCACAGGCACCAACUGCCGCCUGAAGGACGUGUCCAUUCAGAAGAACAUCUCGUUCGAUGGGAAGCCCAUGACCCCCACCGGCUGGAAUGGAGGAUUUGGGGAGAUCGUCUCACUAAGGGACCAGCUGAAACAAGCUGAGGAGAAGGCCUCACUGGUACAGAGACAGUGUGACGGUUUGAAGACAGAGCUGAGGGAGCUACAGGUGCUAUAUGACUGCAGCCAGAGGGAGAGGGCGGGGAUGGAGGAGGAGCUACUGCGCUGCAAGGCAGAGUUGGAGAGGCUGGCUGGAGGGGGGCAGAGCUACAUCCAUUCGUCUGAGUCUCCUGUUCUCUCCGUCCCCUUCAUAGGAAUAAUUGUAAUAUUGGGAGUGGUUUGGUGCUGGUUGUCCGAGCUGGCAUCACAGGAAGCAAGGGGUGUGAUAUAGAACGGAACCCUAUUCUGACUGUCACCGCGGCAACAGCUGUGCUUCUGAUUUGUGGCUAGCUUGUUGAGAGGCCCGAUGUUGAGCAGGUCAGAUCAGUGACAAGUUACACCGACAAAAGACGGUAAUGUCUGCUUAUAGACAACUAACCUCCAUCCCCACCCCCUUUUUCACAUCGAUCUGGGACGAACAACAAAUCACACGCCAUUCCUCUAAUUCAUCGCUAGGAAGAGGAAAUUCAGAUGACAACUGUUCAGAAAACAGGAGCAUGUUGAAAAUGGAAAACGUCAGAAAACAGGAGAUAAGUGUGCUCAUAGUUCUGAUGGAAAAGAUGGACUCCUUUUCUCUCCUGUUCUGGGGGACACAGGUCUUCAUGAAGCUGAGAACAUAGGGUGGAUACUUAAAUUUAAUUGGAUAUUACCUUUCCCGCAUAAAUCUAGCUGGUUCUGUCCCUGUGACAUCUCAUUCUGUCUCUGUCUCUCUGUCUGUCUCACGGGUCUUGACUAUAGGGCGGCAGGGUGGCCUAGUGGUUAGAGUGGAGGGGCGGCAGGGUGGCCUAGUGGUUAGAGUGGAGGGGCGGCAAGGUGGCCUAGUGGUUAGAGUGUUGUACUAGUAACCGGAAGGUUGCAAGUUCAAAUCCCCAAGGUACAAAUCUGUCGUUCUACCCCUGAACAGGCAGAUAACCCACUAUUCCUAGGCUGUCAUUGGAAAUAAGAUUUUUUUUCUUAACUGACUUGCCUAGUUAAAUAAAGGUCAAAUAAAUAUGGGACUCAAUUGGUCCUGAGUUUAAAUGUCUUAUACUACUCUUAUACAACUCUCAUCUUGUAUUUUACUAAAUGUAAUUGUUAAUAUGUUAAUUUGAUUGCUCAUCUUUUAACAAUAACCACCUCUGCAUCUUGCACAUUUUGCUGAAUUAAAAACUCUUAAAUAAAUAAAUAAAAUCCACAUGAUGUUGUAAAUAAGUCCUAGUAGAAUCUUUCUGAAAAUAUAAUUAUAUCUACACGUGUAAUUCAUUAUUUAAAGGAAUAUGCCGAAUACGUGAAAUAAUUGAAUGUCUGUGCCCGUGUCUUGUGAAUAGCUCAAACCAUGGGGAUUUUUCUCAAUUAGAAUGAAAUGAAUAAUGAAGACCUAGUAUAGAGUUCUAGUUCUAGAGUGACAGAUAAUGAAGACCUAGUAUAGAGUUCUAGUUCUAGAGUGACAGAUAAUGAAGACCUAGUAUAGAGUUCUAGUUCUAGAGUGACAGAUAAUGCAGACCCAGUAUAGAGUUCUAGUUCUAGAGUGACAGAUAAUGAAGACCUAGUAUAGAGUUCUAGUUCUAGAGUGACAGAUAAUGAAGACCUAGUAUAGAGUUCUAGUUCUAGAGUGACAGAUAAUGAAGACCUAGUAUAGAGUUCUAGUUCUAGAGUGACAGAUAAUGAAGACCUAGUAUAGAGUUCUAGUUCUAGAGUGACAGAUAAUGAAGACCUAGUAUAGAGUUCUAGUUCUAGAGUGACAGAUAAUGCAGACCUAGUAUAGAGUUCUAGUUCUAGAGUGACAGAUAAUGAAGACCUAGUAUAGAGUUCUAGUUCUAGAGUGACAGAUAAUGAAGACCUAGUAUAGAGUUCUAGUUCUAGAGUGACAGAUAAUGGAGACCUAGUAUAGAGUUCUAGUCUAGAGUGACAGAUGCUUUUCCCCACAAAAAAAAUGUUUAAAGGCAAUAGUUCAUUUAUAAAGCAUACGCUCUAAAAUAUUUUCUCAUUCAUUUACAUUUACUUUAAAAAUACAAUGAGCGUUCCAGAUGUCCUACCUACAGUGAAUUUGUUAUUAGUGAGGAUGUUUAAUCUGGGUUUUCAGAGUUGUGUAAAUGCCUAUUUGUUAUGGUGUCCUCAUUAAAGGGGGAAGUGUGUGCUAGUCUAGCAGCUGUUCUAAUGCACCUGUCAGUCCUAGCCCGGUGUUUCAAGUCUAUGUUUAACCAACCAUCUCACCCACUUACCAGUGUCCUGGCUAUUUUUGUCCACAGUCACAGUCACUUCUUUUAUUUACUGAACUUAACUUAAUGCACCGUCAGACAGACUUGGGUUGAAAUACUAUUCUCAAAUCAUUUCAAAAACCCUUAUUGGUGUUUGAUUGAGCUUCCUGAUUUAAUGGACUAAAAUAACAGCCCCCAAACGGCAAACCCCACCCAUCUGUCACUCCAGGCAGGCUAAGGAAAACACUCACAGCAUUUGAAAGAGUUAGACAUGGUAUUUGAACCUAGGUGUGUUGUCGGUAGAGUAUGUAUGGCUUCUGACUGCUUUGUCAUGCAGUGACUGUAUAAUUAUCCACCCAAAUAUGUCAAGUUAGCAUGCCCUGUCUGUAUUUUCUUCUUCUUCCACAUCCCAGACUACACAUCCCAGACUACACAUCCCAGCUCACAUGCAAGACUACACAUCCCAGACUACACAUCCCAGACUACACAUCCCAGCUCACAUCCCAGACUACACAUCCCAGACUACACAUCCCAGCUCACAUCCCAGACUACACAUCCCAGACUACACAUCCCAGACUACACAUCCCAGCUCACAUCCCAGACUACACAUCCCAGACUACACAUCCCAGACUACACAUCCCAGCUCACAUGCCAGACUACACAUCCCAGACUACACAUCCCAGACUACACAUCCCAGACUACACAUCCCAGCUCACAUGCCAGACUACACAUCCCAGACUACACAUCCCAGACUACACAUCCCAGCUCACAUGCCAAGCUACACAUCCCAGACUACACAUCCCAGACUACACAUCCCAGACUACACAUCCCAGCUCACAUGCCAAGCCACACUGUCUCUGAUAUGCCUUUGACCAGUUCACCCGUGAAGUCUGGGGCCAAUGUUUUUUUUUUUUAAGAGUCUCACAGUAGGAGUUCUGAUCUUGGAUCAGUUUGAACUUUGGGAUCACAAUGAACAACAUCACAUGGACGGGGACGGGGGUCGGAGAGGACUGACCCUAGAUCAGCACCCCUAACCCAAGAUGCUUUAUGGAUAUUUUUUCGUACAGUAACACAUGAACUGUAUAAGACCUCUGUGUCAUGUUUCGAUAGUGUGAUCUAUGUAUUUGAAUAUACUGUAGCAGCUUUUCAUACAACAGACAAAGAACAGCGAAUAUUUAACCUUGAGCUUGUGAAUGUCUCAAAAUACCUAAUGUACACACUAUUCAUAACUGAAUUGUUUCUGUUUUUAAUCUACUAACACCUUAAAUGUGGAGAGAAAGGAAUGUGUUUUUUAUAAGGGGGAUGGAUUUUCUUGGCUUGGGUUGGUCUUUCCACAUGUUCUGAAAUGUCAUUAAAAUUGUUUUUGUUUUUUUCUCCAGGUACACAGCUAGAGAAUGUUGGCAGUCAGCAUUCCAUAGUUGAAUGAUGCUUGUGAACAUACCAGAGAUAGGAUAUUUAAUUUGUGCUGUGUCUGGUCGUACGUGAUGGUAUUCCUGUGUGUGGGAACAGACGACUGUUAGACCAUGAGGCAGCGAAACAAGUUUGAUUGCAGAAGGCAUUCUUGUAAUUCGAUUGUUAUGUAAAAUUAUGUCAAUCGUUUUUUUGGGGGGCAAAUUCUAAAUGUGUCUGGAUUGAACAGUUUCGAUUUGUCGCAAAAAAAGGAGGCAGCAUUUUAAACGUUUUAAAUGAUCUGUUAACAAACUGUGAAAUUUUGUGACACAUUAAAAGUCUAGCUACAUUAUAGUUAAUAAGGCAUGCUACAUAUAGUCUAAGAGAAGAAAAGUUAAAAAGUUUACUUAUGUUUAAUAUGAGGUUUUUGUUUGACUUUGUAUUUGUUUGAUUUGCAUAGGUUCAGAAGUGGUAUCGACUAAUGUGGGAGAGAAAUAUGACUAAAAUCUCCAUUUGUCAUAGCUUUGUAGAAAGUCUGUUUUGAGAGAGCAGUGUAUAUUUCAUAGCCAAAUUAUGUAAAAGUGUAUUUAUGGUGAGUUUAUUAAGAGAACCAAGUAAGUGUUGGCAAGUGUUUUCUACCUCUGUUUUCAAUACCUCUAUGUUUAUUUGAGUAGUCUGUGCAUGCAGGUAGAGGUUGUUUUUGGUGUUUAGUACCCAGUAUGAGUAUGCUAUUGUUAAAAAUAAACAACCCACCAAAAUCAA